AAGAAUGUAGAAUAUUCUUCUGAUAAUAAAUUCUGAUUCGAAGCAGCUCAAAAAGUCUUACACCGACAUGGAUCCACCCGAAUAUACUCUGUCCACAGACGAUCUUAAGGAGAUUCGUGAAGCAUUCGCCCUUUGUGAUCCCCAAAAUACUGGAAGAAUCAGCCCAGAAGAUUUGGGAGCUGUGAUGCGAGCUCUAGGGCAAAAUCACACCGAAUCUGAAAUUUACAGAUAUUCCGAGGCGCUCGAAGGAAAUUUCUUUGGUUUCAUAACACUUGAAGAUUUUAUCGAAUUAAUGACCAAAAUCUACAAAAUGAUGGAACAUGUUGAUCAUUUAAAGGCAGCAUUUAAUAUCUUUGAUUACGAUAAAGAUGGGUAUAUAUCACAUAGCGAGAUGCGCACCGUUUUCACCAAUCUUGGUCAAAAAAUGACUGAUGAAGAGUUUGAUGAUGUGUAUCGUCAGAUUGAUGUGGAUGGAGAUGGCGUCAUUACCUGGAAAGAUUUUUAUACCGCCUAUAGAUCCUAG